AUGACUGGAACUGGCCUUUGGGCACAACCCACAGGUGUGUUAUCCGACUCCCACCACAGUGGAAGGCCGCGUGGUAGUGUUUGGGAUAGACUGGGCAAGCCAUGCGAUGGCACACCUGAAGGGAGCAAGACUGUUGAUGUGAGUGGUGUUGGUCUUAUGAAGCAAGAUGAGCAAGUAAUUACUCAGCGACCAUCAGUGCUUCCUGUGCCAAAUGGUGAACGUAGUAGGACUGUGACAGGGGAAGUUCCUGGGCUUGGUAACAACAACCUUGCUGAGAGUAGAAAGUUCGAUCAUGUCAUGGGUACAAUUUGUGAACCUCAUGCUGUGAGUAACAUCGGACGAAAGAGACACUUUGGUGAAGUUGGUGCUGGCCUUGGUUCCGGUCUAGUUCCUUUGGUGGUUAAGAGAAAUGUGGGUCUUCCAUGCGAAGAAAAUUCUCAGGAUUUCAAGAAAUCCAACUUGACCAAGGAUUCCAAAACUACUACUCCAAAUCUGGCUUUGGAAGUUUUAGAUGUGAAACAAAGACUGCAUCAAAUUGAGAUGGAAAUGUCUACGCUGCGAUCAAGACAGGUACAUUUUGCAGGAGCCAAUAAAAAAGCGUUAUCAUUGUACUUUGCCAAAUGUGGGGCAGUGGUCAAUGUGGUGACUUUGACUGACAAAUCAACUGCACAGCAAAGAGGGUCUGCUUAUGUUAUAUUUGCCAGUAAGCAAUCUGUUGACAAAGCAUUGGAAUUGAGUGGAGCUCGAUUUUUUUCAAGGCCCAUAAAGGUGGUAAGGAAGGCAGAACUAGCUGGUGCAACAUUAGGACCAAGCCAGCUUGCUGGGAGUCCAUGCGAAGCACCUUUAACUCACAACAAUAGAAAUUUUACACCCAACAAACUACAAUGGCGAAGGGCAUCCACCUCUGAUCCAUCAGAACCAUCAGUGCCAUCAACUGUUAUAGUGAAUGUAGCUGCAUCUUCUGCAACCCAACAACAGCUUCCUAGUUCACCUGCAUCACUUGGAACCAGAGAAGUGAAUUCUUUGUCUGUAGAGCACCCCGUCACUUCCUAAUUUUUUAGAUAAUCACAUUUACUAAUUGGU